AUGUGGCUCUUCAACAACUGGGCCUACUAUCACGCAGCUGCUUUGGCAGUGGCCGAGCUGCUGACCAUUUGGAACUUGGGCUACAUCCAUGGCAGCGCCCCGCGUCGGCGCGAGAUACUGAAACGUUGUUUCGGGCUGCUGAUUUCCUUUGGCGUGUUCAUUAUCUACGCCGUCAUGCCAGAUGCAGACUUUGUGAAGCUUGUUGGACCUGGCUUCCUGAUAUGGAGGGCCGCUUAUUUGACGCUGUUGCGGAACACGCUGCCGGUGUUCUGCUUUCGGGCACAGGAGCCCUUUCCCCAGGGCCCCAAGGAUCCGAAGCCGAAGUUUGACAGCGAAGGUGCCACUGCGCCUUUCUGGAAGCGCCUGGCAUACUGGGUCAUCGUCCUUGGGUUUUGCUUUGUGAUGGAGAUCUACAUGGUUUUUCCCGUGAUGCAGGGCUUGAGCUUUGAUUCCCUUUGCUCCAGUCGCUGCCAUCCCUUGCCCUGGCGUUCAGAGUGUGUAGCUUGCAAUGGAAGUAUGCUGAUUCUUUACUUGAUGCUUGCGUCAAUGCUGUUCAUUGAUGUCUUCAUGGGCCAUGUCCUCUUCACCUCCUUGAUUGGAAUCGUCUUGGGCACCCAGCGUGGUCUCAAUGGCAUGCGCAAGGCCCCGGACUCGGCGGUGUUUCUGUCCGAUUCCAACCUGGGUGUGGGUGAAAACAACCCCAGAGCCGGCAAACUCAUGCAGCGAGUCUUUGGAAAUGGAUGGCGACAUACUUGGAACUUGAUUUGUUAUCGCCUCUGGAAGGAGGAUCUCCUCAGUAGCAGCGAAGCCGACGAGUUGAUGCAGAUGGCCACGAAGAACAACUCGGAGAAGAAUCCAGACGCACCAGUGUACCUUCACACCCUUCAUCCCGUGGUCCGUGAGCGGUUUACCUUUUUCUUUGCGUCAUUGCGUACCAUUUGCGAAGAUCGCUUGCGAAUGGAGGAGAAUCCGCCCAUCUCUCACCAUGGCAUCUUCCGCACACACGACAUCAUGCCGCUGUCGCAAGUCUUGCCUGCAGUAAACGAAGAGGUGAUUUUGCAGGAUGGCUUUCUGACGGCGCAGAACGGCAACAACUUGCGGUGGAUCAUCAUGAAGUAUCCAAAGGAAUGGCAAAGGCUAACAGCGAGAUUGGCAGAGAGCAACCUCCUACUAAGAUACCUGGGGAAGGCGCAGCCCGGCGUCAGUGACAAAACGCGGAUCGAAGUUCGCCUCUGGGCCUCGAUGCGGUCGCAGACGGUGAUGCGCACCGUCCAGGGAGCUGUCAACUACCACAUCGCUUUGGAGGCAAAUCCAACAAUUGUGUCCCCGCAUUCAGCCAUCUCGAAACGUCAGCAGCUGGAAAAGUAUGUAGAGUUGAUAUGGUCGCAUCAGACACAUGGAGAAGAUAACAAGAAAGAUAGCGAUGUACGUCGCUUGCUGGGCCUUUACGAGGACUAUCCCAUCUACUUGGUCUUUGAUUUGGACAUGGUACAUCUCACCACCCUGGACCGAAAGAUCAUGGGGCAGAUGGUGCGGCGCCGCCUGCGUCAUGAAAUGGGCGUGCCAGAUGAGUAUUUUGAUGACACACACUUCUUUGAUCACUUCCCCUACAUGUCCUGCAAGGCGAUGUACAAAAAGCGGCCCUUGUUGGAAGAAAGACGCAAACUGAUCCGGGAGUUGGAGUUGAGCAAUUUGGAUGGCAAGUUCAUCGCGUCACAGGUGGAAGCCUUUGAUCCCACGAGCGUCUUGAACUUGGAGUUGAUGGAGGCCAUGCCUCGACGACUGCCCUUGAUGAUUGGGAAGAACAAAGGAAAUCUGACGCAGGGCAAAGCUGGCAAUCAGUUGAUGGCUUUGCGCUUCUGCAAGGGUUUCGCUUUGCAGGCGAUGGAUGCCAACAUGGGUUCGUUCAUCGGUGAAGCAUUCAAGGUUCCCAUGGUCUUGAAGCGCUUUCAGCCACGUGGUUCCUCUCGAGACGUGGUGACUGCAAGGCUGAUCGGCUUCCGCGAGCACAUUUUCACAGUAGCGCAUGGGAUUUGUGGGGACAUCAAUGCGGUGGCAGAAUGGUGCUUCGGCACCUCAAUCCAACGUGUUCAGACAUGGCUGGGUGUGCGGAUGCACUAUGGACAUCCUGAUUUUGUGGACCUUUACUGGGCUCGCAAUCGUGGUUCCAUGAGUAAAGCAACGCCGCACAUCAACCUUUCCGAGGACAUUUACCUCGGUUUCAAUGUGAAAAACCGCGGGGAGAAGUCGGACCACUUUGACUUCUUGGAGUGGGAGAAGGGACGUGAGGUCUCCUUCAACGCUGCCAGCACCUUCUUGUACAAGAUCUCUGGUGGUAAUAUUGGAGUUUGGCGAUCCAAGGAUCUCACUGAGAGCGCGAUGGUUUUGCCCACGAUCGACCUGUUCUCCUUCUACUUUGCCACGGUGGGCUACUUCGUGUCGUUGACGGUGAUCGACAUGACCAUGUACUUCUACAUCGGCUUCCAUUUGAUGCUCACCAUGGCCUCGGUAUCUCUCCACGAGCUGGGUACCCUGGGUACCACCAUGUCUGUGGAGUGGAUCUUGGGUCCCGGUUUCUUCAUGUACUUGCCUCCACUGUUCGAAGGCCUGUUGGAGUACGGCGGCCUUUCUGAGGGCUUCCGCCGCAUCAUCGUGGGCUUUGACUCCACUGCGCAAAUCCUGCCUGCUGGAUCCAUCUACUGGGCGCUAACCCUGAUGUUCUUCACUUUCCAGAACAAGACCAAAUCUGCAGCAGUGCGACAGGCCCUACGCACCGGCACGGCCACCUACCGUGCCACGGGACGACCUAAUGCGAACACGCGGCUCACCUUGAUCGACACCUUCCUGCAGUAUCGUCAGAUGCAUUAUCAGGAUGCAUGCCUUUUCCUCUUCUAUUACAUCCUGUACCGAAGUGCGAAUAUGGGUCUUGCUGGUGCUUUGCCAAUGAUUACAAUCAUCUUCGCCUGUGUGUGCUGGCUGACGGUCCCCACCUUGUUUGCCCCGUAUCCAACGUGGCAAAACCUUUGUGAGGAUGUCGAGGCCUUCUAUCACUUCAUGAUGAGAUGUCCUGCAGAUCGCAGCAGGGCUGAGCUCUACAGCAACAGGUGGCGAGUUGCUGCACUAGCCUUUCUGGUGGCCACCGGCGUUUGCGUUGCAAAGGAGGAGGAGAAGAAGAUCGAUGGCCCGGUGAUCGGUAUCGAUUUGGGCACCACCUAUUCCUGCGUUGGAAUUUACAAGAAUGGCCGAGUAGAGAUCAUCCCGAAUGAUCAAGGCAACAGAAUCACGCCGUCUUACGUCGCAUUUACCGACGACGAACGGCUUAUUGGAGAGGCUGCCAAGAACCAGGCCACCAUCAAUCCGACCCAGACAUUGUUUGACGUGAAGCGUUUGAUCGGCCGGCGCUUCAAGGACUCCACGGUGCAGAAGGACAUCAAGCUUUUGCCCUAUGAGAUCGUAGACAAGGCCAGCAAGCCGAUGAUCAGCGUGAAGGUCAAGGGCGAGGAUAAGAUCAUGGCUCCCGAGGAGGUGUCUUCUAUGGUUCUGACCAAGAUGAAGGAGACACCUCCGCGGAAGAUCCAUGAUGAGACUGCCGAGAACUACUUGGGCAAGGAAGUACGACACGCAGUGAUUACAGUCCCAGCAUAUUUUAACGACGCUCAACGUCAAUCGACCAAAGAUGCCGGAACGAUUGCUGGACUGAACGUCAUGCGAAUCAUCAACGAGCCCACUGCGGCGGCCAUUGCGUAUGGUUUGGAUAAGAAGACUGAGAAGAACAUCUUGGUCUACGACCUUGGGGGUGGUACCUUCGACGUGUCGCUGUUGACCAUCGACAACGGUGUCUUCGAGGUGGUGGCCACCAACGGAGACACCCACUUGGGCGGUGAGGAUUUUGAUCAACGCGUCAUGCAGCACUUCAUGAAGAUCUUUCAGAAGAAACACGGCAAGGACAUGUCCAAAGACAAGCGUUCCAUUCAGAAGUUGCGACGCGAGGUGGAGAAGGCCAAGCGCGCGUUGAGUUCCACCCACCAGGCGCGCGUGGACAUCGAGGCCUUGUACGACGGCGUGGACUUCUCGGAGACCUUGACCCGGGCGCGCUUCGAGGAGCUGAACGCUGACCUGUUCAAGAACACCCUGAAACCUGUGAAGCAGGUCCUUGAGGAUUCAGGCUUGAAGAAGAAUCAGGUUGAUGAGAUUGUGCUGGUGGGUGGCUCCACUCGUAUCCCGAAGGUGCAGCAGUUGAUCAAGGACUUCUUCAACGGCAAGGAGCCCAACCGAGGCAUCAACCCUGACGAGGCUGUGGCCUAUGGUGCUGCUGUGCAGGCAGGAAUCUUGAGUGGCGAAGGUGGACACGACAUGGUCUUGCUGGAUGUGACUCCUUUGACCUUGGGCAUUGAGACUGUGGGAGGUGUCAUGACGAAGCUCAUCUCCCGAAACACGGUGAUUCCGACCAAGAAGUCACAGGUCUUCUCCACAUACCAAGACAAUCAGCCAGCAGUGAACAUCCAGGUCUAUGAGGGUGAACGACCCAUGACCAAGGACAACCACUUGCUGGGCAAGUUUGAGCUCGGCGGUAUCCCUCCAGCUCCCCGUGGUCAGCCACAGAUCGAAGUGACCUUUGAGAUUGACUCCAACGGCAUUUUGAACGUUGGCGCGGAAGACAAGGGCACCGGAAAGUCGGAGAAGAUUACCAUCACCAACGACAAGGGCCGAUUGACCGAGGAACAGAUCGAGAAGAUGAUCCGCGAGGCCGAGGAGUUUGCGGAUGAGGACAAGAAGGUCAAGGAGAGAGUGGAUGCCAAGAACGCCUUCGACGGCUACAUCCAUUCUAUGCGAUCGGCCACAGAAGGCUCUGGGGACAACAAAGGCCUUAGCGAAAAGAUGGACUCCGAUGAGAAGGAGACCAUUCUGGACGCUUUGAAGGAUGGCCAGUCUUGGUUGGAUUCCAACCCAGAGGCUGAUGCAGAGGAAAUCAAGGAGAAGCAUAAGGAGAUCGAGGGAAUCUGCGCCCCAAUCGUCUCCAAGUACUACGGAGGAGGCGGUGCAUCUGCUGGAGGGGAUGAAGAUGAGGAGGAGGAUGUGGAUUACCAUCUCCGCCAGUGGGAACAGACCGGCACAGGCGAGGCCGAGAAGCGUUUGGCACAGGAUCCACCCAAAGCAGGAUCUAAAGGUCAACCAGGAAAUCUGUUCGAGGUUUUGCUUCAAGCAGCUCUGGAGUCUGACAAUCGGUUCAACUACCGUUUCACGGAUGAUUGCAUGUCCUUGACUUGGGGCUUGAUGCGAACCACCUUGCUCUUUGCCACCUUGCCUUCGUCUGUGAUCGAAGCAUCUGAGUUUUGUCUCUUCAUGUGGGUGUUACAUGCCUUCCUGGUCUUGGCCUUUGGGGUCUUUGUGGACGUGCUAUGGAUCGGGGUGAUCUUGCUUUCGUUCCUGUGGAUCUUGGCGAAGGCAACAUCUUUCUCAACCAUUCUGCUGGCCGGCAUGCUCUUCUUCUCCUUCUUGGACACCGUUUCGAAGGUGUUACUCUUCCUCAGUCGGAGAUGGCGAAAAUUGCCAGGACGUGGCAGGCCAGUCACUGCCAAGAAUGUCAAGGUUGGUAUGAAGGUUUUGCCUGGGAAGGAUUGGAUGUAUGAUAUGAAGAAGGACGAUGCCAAGCAGAACGCGGCCUCUGGAUGUUCCAUGGUCGGUACCGUUACCAAUUGCGAUGACUGCCAGGAGCUGGGCUACUGUGAAGUGAUGUGGGUGAACGGCAGCGAAGGCCGUUAUCGCAUCACCACCAGCUGGCAAACAGCCAGUGACUUGCGACGACAUCCAGACUGGUAUGCAGUCUGUGUAGAGGCCACUGUGCUCCUUUUCGGCAGCUACCACCUGAAUCUGGUCGUUGCUUUUGUGACGCUAGUUGGCCAUACUGCCACAGCAGUGGUGCUGAUAGCUCUUGACAGUAACUGGUUUGGGAACUGGCACGCAAGGAUGAUGCGCAUGCCCACCAAGAUGGAGAUGGACUCGGCGCACACAAUUGAGGGUGCCGGGAAGUCGGGUUCAGUGGGUGCGCCGCCCAUUGCCAUGACUGAAGUGCAGGAUACCAUCGUCAUCGAGGAUCUGAAACGAGAGCCCUGGGCCAAAAGGGACCUGAAGCCCAAAUCUGAUCCCAUGCCACCCGCCUGCAUCAUCGACGACCCUGCUUACAGGGGUGCAGAGUGGAAAGAAGUUAUCCGAGUGAAGCUCCGCAAGCUGCCUGCGCGGGCAUCCGUGACGAAUUUGCGCAAGGACUUUAGCAUGGUAGCGGUUGCUGUGGAAAGUCGCGAUGGGCUCCAGUGCGGAUUGGAUGUGCCUUUGCAGACGGGUGGAUCAGUCUUGUUUGGCUUCGAGAACGGAGAAGAGAAAUUUGAAGGUUUGCGUGGUUUGUUGGGUCUGGACGAUGAUGAGGAUCCUCGUGAUCUUGUGGAACGUGUGUGGCUUCCAGUGUACAAGUUCGAGGUCCCUGCCGGCAUUACCGGGGAGUCUUGGAGCACGCGCUCCAGAAGUCUUCUGUUGGACGAUAAGGACGACAACCACAAGGUCCUUCUGAACGCAACGACACGAAAGAACUUGGAGAUGGAUAGCGAUGAGGAGACUCCCUUCGUUGGAGCUAGCCGUGGCUUCCAUCGAGUUGGUCCGAUGAAAUCAGCGCCCGCGGCAUUGACGCCCAUGGCAUCCAUGAUGACACCCUUACAGACACCCAAUGCCAGCAAGCCGACCUCGCGCGAGGGCACGCCGAAGCGUGGACCCAUUGCUUGGAAGAAAGCUUCACGGAUGCCCAAGGUGCCAGACAUGAGGGCGCCAGAGAUGUGCGGAGUGAUCAAAAGUGAUGGCAAGACCAAGUGGUUUCCCAGGACAGAUGAGGUGCUGACUGAUGGGGACACCAUGAUCCUGGCUCAGGGAAGUGUUCGGAACUUCUCGAUGCUUCGCGCCAAAGCACUCUUUGGGCAGCACUGCGUUGGUGCUGGUUUCAAGCUGGUCUACACAUUGGCUCUGCCUGGCCGAAGGCGCAAGUCCAGGGCGAACGGAUUGCCAAUUCUGUCGCCAGCCAUGAGCCAAGAAUGGGGUGAGGGCGACUUCAAUACUGAGUUUGCCGAGAACCCGCCAGAAGAGAGUUCAUCGGCCUUCGAGUUUGCCAAGCUCUUUGUGAUCCACUUUUUGGGUCCCGAGCAAUCCCUGCCAAUCGCUUCAGCAUCCAAGGCGUGUUACCGAGCCUCGCGCAUGCCGAACCUGUGGCCUCAUGCGUCCACUUACGGCGUAGUGACCAUCUCGGUGGAGCAGGAUGAAGUCUCAAACCGUGCUCAACUGCUCUUUGGAUUUGUUGAUGAUGUACCUCAUGAGAGGGGUCUGAGCCUUUUCUGCGGCUUCAGGACCAAAGAGGACUUGGAUCGUUGCAUUGGCAUGAGGUGGUUGCCUGUCUUCAACUUCCGCGUGCCUGACAUUUGGGUGAACAUCAGCAUAUGGGAAGUGCUCCAAGAGGAAGACUUGAGCAUUUGCGGCAUUUGCCGCCGUGGCUCGGACGUCUCCAGGGAGUUAUGGUUUCCUUCCAUCCAAGAGAAGUUUGAGGAGCACGAUGAGGUGGUGUUGACCCUUGCCAGCGCGGUAAUGUUUGCAGAGAAACAUCUGGAUGGAGCAAAGCCUUAUUCUUUGCCACCCUCCAAUGUGAUGGAUGCGCGCAAACUUCACGCUCACUACUUGAGUUUCAUGUGGGCCUGGGAGAACAAGACCAACGAAGAUAUGGAGCUUGAUUUGGAGCUGGAGUUGGAUGCACGGGCCAACCGACACGCCAUGGUUCGCAUUUGA